AUGCCAUCCUCACACAAUCUAUAUCUGUGCGUCGCGAUAUUCCUGAACUUAGCCGUCUCAGGAUGGGCUUCCCCGCUAGCUGUCAAAGAGUUGAGCAAGGAGUUGCUCCUUUCUCCUCCUAUAUCUCUGGUGGAGCGCGUCGUUGACCCCGAAAUCCCCUCAAAUUUGCUUCUUGAGCUGUGGGACCUCCGUCCUGACACAGCCCAGCUCUUCCAUCAUCCUGCCUCUGCUCACCAAUCACAGCCACAAACCAAUCACGACACCAGCUGCGCAGAAGAUAUCUUGGCAUCCCAGUAUCGCGACGGACGGUGCUGCGAUGAUGCUGGUUGUGCAGUUACUACCGGACCCAGAGAUGUGCAUCUGCGGUGUUUGGAAAGAGCGGGCAUGAGCAGUUCUGCAUUAGGGAAGGCUAUAUAUGAUUCGAAGGGUCUUGGGUACCGGGAGCUUAAGAGAUGA